CGCGCCGGGAGGAAGCGGUCGCGCGGCAGCUGCGGGGCGUGGGGGCGGUGGCAGCGGCGGCCAAGGCCGAGGCCGGAGCGGCGGAGGCUGUGGUGAAGGCGGCGGCGCCUUAGCCGGGGACGGUGCUCCGCCUGGCCCCCUUUCAGGCUCCAUGGAGGCGGCGGCGGGCGGGCUCUGCGGCUCUGGACCGCCGCUGCUGCUGAGCGAGAGCGAGCAGCAGUACUACUCUGAGCUCUUCGCGCGCUGCGCCGGCGCCUCAGGCGGGGGCCCCGGUCCCGGGCCCCCUGAGGCCGCCAGGGCUGCCCCCGGCGCGGCCACCGCAGCCGCUGGCCCGGUCGCCGACCUGUUCCGGGCGUCGCAGCUGCCCGCCGAGACGCUGCACCAGAUCACAGAAUUGUGUGGUGCCAAGCGGGUUGGUUAUUUUGGUCCGACACAGUUUUACGUUGCCCUGAAAUUAAUUGCUGCAGCACAGUCUGGCCUCCCUGUGCGGAUAGAGAGUAUUAAAUGUGAACUGCCGCUGCCUCGCUUUAUGAUGUCAAAGACUGAUGCUGAAAUCCGGUUUGGGAACACGACUGAGCUUCAUGGAGCUAAAGUUCAGAUUCCAUAUUUAAUCACAGAAAAAAAUACCUUCAAAAGAAUCGACGAUGAGGAUAAACAGCAGGAAACGCAGUCUCCCUCGAUGUCACCUCUUGCCUCCCCUCCUUCUUCCCCGCCUCAUUACCAGAGGGUGCCCUUGAGCCAUGGCUACAGCAAACUGCGGAGCAGCACGGAGCAGAUGCAUUCAGCUCCUUAUGAAGCUAGACAGCCCCUUGUCCAGCCUGAGGGACCCUCAUCGGGAGGCCCAGGAGCUAAACCCCCUCGGCAUCAGGUUUCCCUUAUCCGGUCCUUUUCAGUGGAGAGAGAACUGCAGGAUAACAGCACUAGUUACCCAGACGAACCCUGGAGGAUAACAGAAGAGCAGCGCGAGUACUAUGUCAACCAGUUCCGGUCCCUGCAGCCUGAUCCGAGUUCCUUCAUUUCAGGUUCUGUUGCCAAAAACUUCUUCACCAAAUCAAAACUUUCCAUUCCAGAACUCUCCUAUAUAUGGGAACUGAGUGAUGCCGACUGCGAUGGAGCCCUGACCCUGCCAGAGUUCUGUGCUGCAUUUCAUCUCAUUGUGGCCCGAAAGAACGGCUACCCAUUGCCUGAGGGCCUGCCUCCAACUCUGCAGCCAGAGUACCUGCAAGCAGCCUUUCCUAAGCCCAAGUGGGAGUGUGCAUUAUUUGAUUCUUAUUCUGAGUCAAUACCAGCAAACCAACAACCCCGUGACUUGAAUCGGAUGGAGAAGCUGUCUAUUAAAGACAUGGCCGACUUUCCUGUCCCUACCCAAGAUGUGACUGGUGAUGACAAACAAGCUUUGAAGAGUGCUACUGAUGAAGCCUUACCAAAGGACAUGUCUGAGGAUUCAGCCACUCCUAAGGAUUCCAACAGUCUCAAAGCAAGACCAAGAUCCAGAUCUUACUCUAGCACCUCCAUAGAAGAGGCCAUGAAAAGGGGCGAGGACCCUCCCACCCCGCCACCGCGGCCACAGAAAACCCAUUCCAGAGCCUCCUCCUUGGAUCUGAAUAAAGUCUUCCAGCCCAGUGUGCCAGCUUCAAAGUCAGGAUUGUUACCUCCACCACCUGCGCUCCCUCCAAGACCUUGUCCAUCUCAGUCUGAACAAGCAUCUGAGGCCGAGUUGCAUCCCCAGUUGAACAGGGCCCCCUCUCAAGCUGCGGAAAGUAGUCCAACAAAGAAGGAGAUACCAUAUUCUCAGCCUCCAUCGAAGCCCAUCCGUAGGAAAUUCCGACCUGAAAAUCAAGCUACAGAAAAUCAAGAGCCUUCUACCACUGUAGGCGGGCCAGCUUCUGUAACAACCGUGAAACCCCAUCCAGCAGUCCAAAAGCAGUCUUCCAAACAGAAGAAGGCUAUUCAAACUGCUAUCCGCAAAAAUAAAGAGGCAAAUGCAGUGCUGGCCCGUCUGAACAGCGAGCUCCAGCAGCAGCUCAAGGAGGUUCAUCAAGAACGGAUUGCACUGGAAAACCAAUUGGAACAACUUCGUCCAGUCACUGUAUUGUGACCCCCCCACACACAAGAUUCAAGUAACAGUGGGUGACCUUUUCUGCCAAGAUCUUUCCUUUGAAUGUUUCAACACAACUACUUGUCAUAGAUGUCUGAAACUGUGUCAAAAGCUCUGAGCAGCAGAAUGUAAUCAAUAUCACCUUUUCUCUUGUGCUUCACGCGUACAUUUUUACUGUGGUGGAAAAAAUGCAACUGAUUGUCACACUUAAAAUUGUAAUUAUCAGUGGAAUUUAUCUCCCAUUCUUAAGUAUUUCCUCAAGGUGUUAGAUGUUGCUCCUAAUUGAAAACCAAUCUUCUAGCAAAUAAAAACAAUUUAGAGCAUUAUUUAUUUAAAGAGUUUAUGAUUUGUACAAGACCUUGUAACCCAGUACCUUCAGGAUGCUUGUUUUAUUUUCAUAUGUAUAUCAUAUAUAGUAGAUUGGUUUCCUGAAUAAUUGUGAUUCCAACUGUGUAGUUGGAUAGUCUUUGGCAUGAUGAUGAUAAAAACAAAACUAGAAGUAAACAAAAUAAUUAACUUUAGACUGGCACUGUACCCUCCACCACUAUAUAUAUGCCAAAAAUUGCUUCUCUAGUGCCAUUUUGAUAUUAUAUCUAGCUAUGAAUAAUACAUGACCGUUGUUUUCUAUGGAAUAGCAAAGACUUAUUCAGUCUUACACCUCUGUGAAGUAGUAGUUUUGUCCAUGAUCUGUUUAACUUGGCCCAGCUAGGCUGUCAACACAGAUAACUCAGCCCUUUCACGCAGGUUUUUGGACAAGAGCAAUCUGCCCUAACUGCCUUGCCCAAUCAAAUUAAAUAACUAGUUGCCAGAUCUCUACUUCUAUCCUGCAUGGGUUAAUAUAUCUGUAAAUGCAUGAAUUUGGAAACCACUCAUCAAAUGUGAAAGGCGGAUGAGACUGUUUGGACUGAUGUAUGUUUGUUGUUUGAACCCAGGUAUUCAAACUAAGGAAGAAGGGGCAAUUAUUAUUACCAGUAAUCCAACAGUCUUUGGUAGUUAUUUUUGUCUUUGUUAUUUUAACCCAGAUCACAAGUGUAUUGGGUUUGAAGAAACAAUGAAAGAAAGCCAAUCCUUACACUUGAUAUAUGAUUAUUUUGUUCUCUAUGAAGUGUACUCUUGAGGAGGGAUUGGUUUAUGUGCAGUUCAGAGGAGCCAACCAAUUCCAGUGUAAGUGAUGUAAAACAGUAAGCUCAAAUCACAGAAGCCAGUAUUCUAUAGAAAUUUACAUAGCCCCUGCUUAUCCUGUAAGCUCAAGUUGACAGUGGGAAUUGACUGACCCUCCCAGAUAUCUGGGCUCUCCAGCUUUAAAAGCAGUUCAACACAUGUAAGUCCAUGGCUGAUUCAUGUCAAUGUACGGCAAAAACCACUACAAUAUUGUAAAGUAAUUAGCCUCCAACUAAUAAAAAUAAAUGAAAAAAAAUAAAAGCAGUUCAAGAUCCUGAUGGCAAGCUUGCCAUCUUUUGUGCAUUUUGCUAGGUUACCAGUUCUUAAGACGCUGUGGGACGUGGGCUAUGUCCUUUCUGAAGUGGUUUAGCAGAGCUCUCCAGUUUGCAGGACUAAGCCUUUAAUUUCAAUAGAGUUGACUGCUUUUAGAAGAAGUAGGCAUUUAUUUAAUGCUUCCUUACUCCAUUGGCAAGCUUUAUCAAUAGUUUAAUGGCAGAAGAGAAAUGCUCAAACAGAUGAUUUUUUCCAAAGAAAAACAAAUUGUUGAUUCUGUUCUGUAUAUAUUAGAGGAUUCAGAAUUGCUUGGAUUUUGAAAAUCCUAAGACUUGAACUCUUUCUCUAGUCCCCUUUCCUUCCCUUUUGGCUGCCUUUUUUGUCCCUGUGGGAGGGUUUCAGAGUCAGUUUAAACCUUUUCUAAGAUACGAAUGGGUGAGUGAACAUUUUUUAGGUAACCCUCUUUUCACAUGUUCUGAGAACUGGGGGCUGCAACACAUUUUAUCAACAGUGUCCACGUCGCAGACAUUUUACAUCAUAUUUGUCUUUUGUUCCACUCAAUCCAGGAAAGUCUAGCAUAUGCACUUUAUCUCAUAAUCUUCCAGGACAUGUGCACACACUCCAGAUAGCACUUCAUAUCCAUUAAGCAGACAUAUAAACUAAAGUAUGUUAGUCUAUGUUCUACAUUUUAAAAAUAUUAACAUGUUUUUCCCUCAUCAAGCCAAAACCAGAGUGAGCCAAAUUAGGAGUUUGUGUUUUUUUUUUAGUUGGCUUGGUUUUUAUUAAAGGAAAAAACUUGCACUGGAUAGUCAAAGGCUCAUGUGUUGCAUAGUAUCACCAAUAUUUUAAGAUAGGCAUUGCAUUAAAGCCCACAACAAUACUAUCUACACCCCACCUUCCUGACUGGACUUAAUAGUGACCACAGUUUCUAAGUUGCCUAGAAGUGGAUUUUUUAAAAAACCAACUAAAUACACAUACAACAUCAUUGUCACCUAACUAGUGCUCAUCCUUUGUUUCUCUGUUUUCUUAGGAUGUGAAUUUUUAAUUUAGGAUUAUAAUUCCUGAUAAUGUUUCUGUGAGCCUUUCAUGUGAUUUAUAGGAAGACUGGGUUAUUGCUGUCACCAUUAUACCUCUUUUGUAAAACUGCUCAAGAGUAAGACCUGCUUGUUGGGCAGAAAUCUGUGGGCAGAAUGUUGAUGUUGCCCCCAUCCAUGAGGGUUUAAUAACCUUAUUGUUAAUCAUUCUUCCUCCAUAGGAGUCUCAUAGUUCCAAGGAUGAGUGCACAGUAUAUUACCGAUUUACUGGGUACCUCAGCAUCUCUGAUUUAUGGCUUAUUGCUUUGGCCACCUCCCUAUCCAGCAGCCAUGAAGCAAACCCAAAAGGUAGAAUGGAGGAGUGUGUCAUAAUCAAGGCAAACAUUUGCCUUAGUUGGAAGUAUCUGACUGCUUUAUAAAUAUUAGAGAAAUGCUUUGGAUCUGGUUAGCAGAGGAGGCCGCUUAGCUGGGAGCUGUGCCCAUUUUCUUCUCAUUGCACAGUAGGAUGUCGGAGAUGAGAGGACCUGUUCCCAUAUCCUGCAGCUGCUUUGGGGAAACCAAGGCCCUAAGAAACCACAGUUCCUAGUCCAAGAAUCCAUAGAAGGAGGGAGCUAUUGACAGAGUUGGAUUUUAUGGAUUCUAAGUUGAGUCCUCUGGCCACUAGCAGUACUAAAAAUAGAUUUAGAAGGGUUUCUUCUAUUUACCAUGUUUUAUUUACUUAAUUAAUCAGUUUUAAAAUAUGGAAACAUGUUUUAGUGAGUUUGAGAUCUAGAUAUUUCUCUUGGAUUGAAGCAAAAAAUAAAAUCUGAAAGAAUAGGAUUGAACUAUUUGUUCUUCUGAACACCUCACCUUUCAUGAUGUAGUAAAUUACCCUGGGUUUCUUGGCAGAACUUUUGACAGCUGUUGCUUUGAAUGAAUUCCAUUCCUGUAUUCCUUAUGGGAGUUUGUUUUUAAAAUAGACUACUGUGAUUGAAAUGAACUCAAUAUGUAGUAAGUUAUAGUUUUCUUCGAUAUAGCAUGGGUUACUUGGGUUGCAAAUAUUCCAUUUCAGCAUAGUUUAGGGUGAGUAAUCAGAAACAUGAAUUUUUCUUUGAUUCUCUAGUAAUGUCUGAACUAUCAUCAAAGCAUUCCUCUCUUCAUAUGUGAUUUAAUUCUAGUCUGUUUCUAAAUGAUAUUUGUCCAUUUCUUAGAUGAGCUUAUAACCAUGGUAAUGAUAGAUCUGUGCUUAUUAAUAGAAGAUCAAUAAAAAAAUAAUCUGGAAUGGAUAUUUUUCUUGCAGUUAAAACAGACAUUUGCAAACAUACUGGUUGGAAAGAUCUCAAUUUUAGUAUAACACCUUAGCGGUAAAAACAUUUGUUCAGCACAAGCUAAAAUCACACCUCCUGACAAGACAUCACUAAGGGAAUUUGAUUUUUAAAAUAUUAAGAAAAGAUUACAAAUAUCCUAGCAACCAAAUCUUCCCAUAUUACUGACAAGUAGGACUCAGCAGGUUGUGGUUUGAACAGUGUGAAUGUGAACAAAAUGAAAUCUCAGUUGAGAAGUCUUUUUCUCCUCUAGUUAAAGAGAACAUUCUAGUAACUUUGGUUUCUCUUUCCAAGUUGUUGACUCUGUUUGAGGUGUACUCUUUGAAACUGAUUUCAAAGGAUCACUUGAAUAUACACUUUAGUUAUGGGUGCUUUGUUAAUAGUAUUUUGCAUCAUGACUCAGUGUGGUUCAGAUUCCUAGUAAGAAGUGAGGGGGAUGCAGGCUUUUGGAAUCCUGAGUCUUUGGAGGCAUAUCUUGUUUCCCCUUCAGCCCAGGCUAAGGAAGGCUGCCCACCAAUACCUGCAGAUCAGUCAUCAACAGCAGUUUAUGAGUCUUACUCUAUGAGCCUCCCCACUUUGUUGUUUGCAGUGAGAGAUGCAGCUAGUUAUGUGACCCUCCCAAGAGCGGCUGUAAGAACAGCAGACCAAGAGGGCCAGACAUGCAAAGCAGUGUAAGCCAAAUCUGCGUGCUGCUUCCUUCUCCAAAAUAGGCUUUCAGAGAUUGCCUUACCAAGCAUUUCCUGAAACAGCCAGACUGUGAAUAUGGGCGAGACAUCCCAGGUGCACAGUCACUUUUAGGCUUAUCUCAUUGUUUUCUACGUUAAUUGACAUUCAUGAUGGUAGAGGGACCUUUUCCGAAAAGCAUUUCAGGUUUUCGACAGGACUUGUUCUAGUGAUGGAAGCAGUGCUCUGCUCUCAGUACUUGUGGAAUGUUUGGUUUUUGUGUUUUGUGGGUUCUCUUGUCUUGCUCUAAGCCAAGUUCAUGACUGUGGGAGAUUGGACAAAGUGGUUUAUGAUUCUGAAGACUGGAACUUAGCAGGUUGAAACUGGAAUUUGAGGGUGGCAGUAGGGAAACUUCUGGUCCCAGUUUGGUCAUAAAGCACUUGGUUGAACAUCAGGAUUGGAUCCUAAAGCUCUUUCAGAGAGCCCUGCCUUGGGAAAGGAACAGGUGAUGCAGGCGCCCCCUUGUAUGGAGAUUAGGUCAACUGAGUUGAUUUGGUUUUUAUUUUGAGUUGACUUGUAUGAGGACUUUGGCAGUAACCUCCCUGGGAGCUGGUUAUAUCCUUUCCUUUAGCACUGCCAUUCUUCUUGUCUUCAGCACAAAUCCAGUUUUCAAGUGAGCCAGAGGUGGGAAGAGCCAUUUUAGUCUUUGUAGCUGUGGGCCCGGAGAGAUAAUCAGCUGAUGGUCUAUUUUAACCUCAAAAGUUAAAAUGUAUAUUUUUUCACUACAGGUACAUUGAACAGUAAAAUGAGGAACAGCAAAGUUAUAUAUUUGAUGCCUUCUGUCUUUUCAUGAUAAUGUGCUAACAAGUUGUGUUCAUCUUUUACUCAGCCAGAGUCUCAUUCAUGUGCUAAACAUUGGAAACUCUAUGUAUAUUAGUCUUAAACAUAAAUAAAUACAGGGUGUCCUAUAUUUGGAUUGUGAUUUGUCAACUCAAGCUAACCUUACUGCCUCUCUUUCACACUUGUUGGAAAGUCUGUGGAGAACAUAGUAGGUUAGAAUCUCCAACUUUGUAAAAUGUACAUGCUGUGAAACUGGGGUGCUAUGUGACAAUAAAUGUCAGAUAACAAAGCUGGC